GCGCCAGCCCUGGAGCAUCCUGGAGGUUGAACCCGGACAGCCAACCUCUGCAACAGUCUGGGAGCUGAAGCGCGGGGCAGAAACAAGAGGUUCCACGACUGAGACAGACGUGGCGCAGACCCUGCGGAGGCCCCCGGCUCCGCCCCCACCCGGGUGGUUGAAAUACAGCCGCAGCGCCGCCGUCGCCGCCCACUGCGCCUAGACCUUGCCAGGACCGGACCACUCAGAACCCACAUACCCGUCUCCCCGCAUUCCUCGCCAAUGGCUGCCCAACUCUAUCAGCGCAAACCCUGGAACCCCGAGCAGCUUCGCCCGGACCCCGACUCUGACUCCGAAGGCCUGUUUGACAAGGCUCCUCCGGAAGAGCCCCCCGCUGUCCGUGGGCCCAAGUCGGCGUGGGCCGGGGGCAGGAAGGCGGGUCGGCGCACUGGCGGGAAGGCGCAGGGGGCCCGCCCCGGGCAGCCCCCUAAGGGCGCGACGCGCCCCCAGCCCCAGGAAGAGGCCCCUCCACUGGACGAAGGCUGCUAUCUCGACCAUUUUCCGCACCUCUCCAUCUUUAUCUACGCGGCCAUCGCCUUCUCCAUCACCUCCUGCAUCUUCACCUAUAUCCAUUUACAGCUUGCCUGAUUGGCACGGGCGGGACGGGAUGCGCGCGGGGCUGAAGCGGGAGGGAAGGGAAAGGAAGUGCUCAGCAUUUUGUGCCUGGAGACGCCCCGCACGCCCUUCGUCUAGUUUUUGACGCUUGUGUCUUUUCUUCUCUGCUUGUCACCACCUUUGUCUAACUGUCCAUCAAUAGAAACAUCCAAAGCAGCUGUCGCUAAUGAAAUAAGCACCUGGAGACGAGGGGACGGGGACACAGUCAGACUCCAACGUUUAGAAUCUUCGCGGUGAGAUGGAUCCCCAUUUAUAAUGAAGAUAAUGUCUCUGGACCCUACCGCUGUGUGAGGGAUGAGCCGACCCAAGCCCGCAGCCUUCCGGAGAGGGCCCAGAGGGGAGGGUCGGCGCCCUGGCCUGGGCUGGGCCGGAGCCCUGUGAUGCAUCGCCUGACCCCCCUUCCCAGGAGCCAGCUGUGCCCCCCACCCCACCCCGAACUGGCGCAGACAGAACCCAGCGCGUGGGACCUGGCGGACCUGAGCGCGCAGCACCCAGUGAGUGGCGUUUGUCGGGGUAGCGCACCACCUCCCCAGAGACUUGAGCUCACCGGUACUGCGUUUUCCCUGCCUUAGGCUUUGAUGACGCUAUCGAUGUCGGGACCGAGCGGAAACAAAGCCGAAGGAGCUGUUCUGCCCGGAAGUCAUGGUCUCGUCGUGUCCUGGACGCUUGGGACCAACGGCUGCAGACCUCCAGGGACGCGCGGGCCCAUAGCUUGCACGCGGCGCCGCGCAGAAUGAGGCUGGGGCCCUGGCUAGGGGUCCAAGAGAGGAUUGCCAUUGCGUCUUUAGGAAUUGCGGGGGUGGGGGUUGCUUAUCCUGGCCCGGAGCCCUUCCAGAGCCUCGCAAAAGGGAGUGAGAUUUCUAAUUGAUGAGAAUUCGCGCUAGGAAAUCACCCAACCUCUAGGGGUUUGUCAUCUCAUACCCAAAAGGCCUAAUACCAAAACCCACCGUGACAGGUUAUUUACCCACAUGCCGUCUUAUUUACCCACAUGCCGUCUCUGUUUUCUCAUGAAUGUUUAAUGUCAAAACAUAGCUCUCUACUACAGCGUAUACUUUACUUGGAAAUGUCUGCAAUUGUGGUACCUCUGAUGGAAUAAAUUCUUUUUCAGUCUCCUCU